AUGGCCGGUCUGACUGCCGCAUAUCUCUUCUGGCCCACGACGUACCGCGGCGCGCCGACUGUGGUGGCGCGGCCAUUGUCGCCAAGACAUUUUACGCCGCUCACAGUCACCGCUUCUAAAGAUGUCGGACCAAAUCUCAAGCUCAUAACGCUGUAUGUGCCGCCAGAGUCACGACCAGACCCGACAAGCCCCGAGGAUCCCUUUGCAUUGUGCCCAAUAUGGUCUCUAUUCGUCAAAGACGAUGAUCUGCAGGUCGAACGGCCAUAUACUCCCUUGGAAGGCAUUGACACAGAGGGUAAUGUCAAGCUCUGGGUGAAACGCUAUCCGCGGGGCGAAGUGGCGCGUUGGCUACAUGCAAAACGCCCAGGCGACAUCAUCGAAGUGCGCGGGCCGCACAGAACUCUACAGUUGGAUGGAAUGGAUCGGGACGAGGUUGUGAUGAUUUCAGGUGGCACGGGAUAUGCGCCCUUUCACCAACUUCUGCAUGAUAGGCUACUCCUGAAUCAACCGGACAGCUCGAGUAACCUCCGUCUGACGCUUCUACAUGGCUCAAGAAGCAUCGAAGAGCUCCCGCCGCCAGAAUACCUCGACCCAUUGAUCGAAUAUGCCGAGAAAUACCCGGAUCGUUUAACAAUUCACCUUUUCGUCGACGAGCCUCCUGCGAGAAGUCUGACAAGAAACUACGUCGUUACUCACGGGCGGAUUGAUACGCAGGCCAUACGUGACCGCCUUAGUUUGCCGGAUACCAAACCCCCAUCUUGGUGGGCUAGGUUCUGGGGAGGCUCGGCGUCCGACCCAUGUCGCGCAGGACGACCCUUCAAGCGCGAUGGAAAGAUCUUGUUCGCAGUUUGUGGACCUGAACCGAUGAUCGCUGCUGUCGCAGGACCGUAUGGUAGGAACUAUUCGCAGGGCUCUGUCGGAGGGGCUUUGGCGGAAUUGGGCUUCAAGUCAGGAGAAGUGUACAAGCUCUAA